AUGUUUGCGGCCCUCGCGUUGACAAUUUUGGCCUCAUCUGCUGCUCUAUUCGCACAUGCCGAUCCAGAUCCCACCAAUCCUGGACCUGGAGAUGUCUUCAUCGAGGGCCAGGCCUGUUCCAUGAGCUGGAACCCGGAUACCACUGGCGUGUGGAAGACUAUGAUCAUUCAGUUGAAGACGGGAGACAACUUCAACAUGGUCAACUUGACCACGGUCGGCACUGUUGACGGAACGGACGCGACGAAAACUUCAUUCUCUUAUCCUUGUCCUCAGGUCACACCCCACUCGCCUAUCUACUUUUACCAGUUCUCUUCUCCGGCUUCCACCAACAGUGUCUGGACUGGGCGAUUCACGAUCACUGACUCUGUAACCGACAUCGUCCCCGCGGCUGAAAGCACUCAAUCGGACGGCUCGGCCAUUCCUUGGGGUACCGGUUCGCUCGUCAAUUCGACUUCAACCACCACCGUUGUUAUCACGGGAUCCACGUCAGCUACAGUUAGCACACUUGGAACAUCGAGUGCCACUUCUUCCGUAAGUAACGCUUCAAAUAAUGCCAGUCUCACUGGUAGCAGAACAGACUUACCCAGCAGUAUUAUUUAG